AUGCUCCGGAGCUGUAGUCGGAGGAUUUGCUGGAACUUCUGCGAGUGUUUGAAGCUAACAUCACAGGAAAAUGGGAACCAGUAUAAUAGCGCUGAGGACGAGUCAGCAGGUUUUGAAGUAAAUGAUGUGUGUAACAUGACUAUAAGAAAAGACAUGCCAAUGGUUCCGCACAAAUGGAGACAAAGAGAAGCAGAUGCAAAACAUCUCCACGUCCGCGACGUUAUAACAAGUAAGUGGAACUCGAAGACUAGGUUUGGCCAAUACAGUCCCCUUGCAGGGACGGCUGUUUUUCAACUUGAGGGGGCCGACGAACAUACCACAACUGCACCUUCGGUGCCUACUCGCCUUGACAGGUCCGGCGGACGCGUGACAACUGCAUCUCCAAGAGCUUCUCGCCCUGGCAGCAAACGCAGAUGCAACACAUCUCCACCUGCGCGACGUUGUAAAGGGCGUUUGUUUUCCUUCCUCGGACCAUUUGAGGGGCUCAGAAAACGUAGCAUACGCACGUCUGCGGGAGCCCUUACCAGUGGCGAGAGAUCCUUCUGGGGAGCAGAAGUCUCCAUUGGCGGGGUAUCGUAUGACUUCAGCUCGAUGCCGGCAGGUAACGAGGUCUGGUUCGUUGCCACUGGCGAAAUGGAUUGCCCACUCAUGUGAGGACGAGCCCUGGAUCGCCCGCCUUGCUUCGUAUCAAUCACCGCUUUCGGCACGCUCUCCGCUAACAACGUGUUCCCAUACCGCUGUUCAGUAAUCACAGCACUGGCCUGUUCACCCAGCCUGGCCUCGGCACCCUGUAAACAACACGUGACGGAUCAUAACCCACUCUCACAAUAACCGCAAUGUGGCUGGAUUAGGAGACCAUUUCGAGGACUUCCGGCCACCAUGGUCCUCCACUGACCCAGGAACAUCGCACCGCGUUGAUAAGGGAAGCAGUCCUGAGAAAACUGUGCCCAAGUCGGGAACAGACAGAUGUGUCCUGCCCCGGGGUCUUUUGCAUUCGUGGUGCAAGAGUGAGAUCCGGAAGACAUUAAAAACAUCGAGUCACGCAGGUUUACGCUUGGGGUUUUAAGGGAUGUUUGGGUUUCUUCGGGGAACGCACUGGGGAAGAUGGGGGCCACAGGUCACUUCUGUCUCACCGCCCGCGUGUCGGCGCUGGAGCGGUGCACACACUGGGCAGAACGGGCAGCGGGUGUUCGAUGUGAUCUGCCUCUGUCUCUAUGUAACUACACUGAUUCUCCUGUGCUCUGAUUACGGGAAAGGGUUAAAGUUUUCCGGUUUUCACUUUCUCUGAUAUCGGUACUGACUAUACACUAUGCCGCUGAUCGCUGCCCCGCCGUAGUACAACCGUUACUCCAUCCAGCUGCAUGACUCAAUAAA